AUGAGUAGUGGCAAAUUCAAAUGGUCCCGAGAGAACCUCAUCUCUUACCUCGGUGGCGAUGAGAACGAUCUCAAUACCGUCAAAAUCGAAUUGACCAACCUGCUCCUGGACCAUGGCAUGAUGCACCGCUCCUGCGCUAACCUGGAAGGUAGAGUCCAGCAGGAGAAGUUCAUCCUAUGCAAUCUACCCAAGAUCCAUCCCUAUGUCCGGAGCUGCACCCGUCAACGCUUGCAAGGUCUCAUGGGAUUGGUCAGCAUCAUCAAGAGAAACUAUAAGUCGGGAGAGCGGUACAAAAUAGCUGCUGCGCGGAGGAGCCAAAGCCUUCAGAGCGGUGGAGAAGAGAGGAUUAAUUCAGAGGGCGAAUUGGAUGAUAAGGCCAAUGUUAUCACAGCAACCAAUCCAGGCAAAUCAGCCGAUGAAAGCACUGUUAUUACUGAAGCACCUACACAUGAGGACCCCAUUGUCAUCGCUUCCCACGACACUGUCGAGACAGCAUCCACCACCACAUUUAAUCCCAUCGAACACCGCCAUGAAGGCUUCCUCGGCGCUGCUGAAGAACAACCCCUCCCAAACGAAGUCCAGAUGACGUCCACCAACAACCGCCUCACCUCCAACAUCAAAACCGAAGCACGAAACCCACCCACAAACAAACAACCCCCAACCUCUGACUCCAAAAGCUUCAACCUCAGCCACAGCUUCCUCACCCGAAACAUCUGGGUAAUCAACGAAACCGACCCCACCAGGCACGGCUUAUGCACGAUCCAAGAGCUACGAACCAGUCCACACCAUCCCAGCGAGCGAAUCCCUAAUCUCAACGAUCUCAACUUCAUUGACUGGAUCAUCAUCAUCAAGGAUCAGUGUGGAUAUGACGAGACCAUCCAUCGCUUGGAGUAUCGGCCUGCGUCUACUGUGGCUCCUUGGGAGUCUGUGUGA